AGGGUGUUCUCGGAUCAGCCGGCGGUCGGAUGACUCGCGGGUUGUUCGGCGAGUCGUCAACAAGCUCCUCACUUGGCUUUUGCUGGCUUUGCCUGCGAUGCAGCAUCCGGAUUCUUCCAACCGCUGUGCCCAACUUCUCACAGAUCCCUCCUCACUUGCAACUCGACAAACACCCCGCAAUCCCUCGACAAACCCCUUGCAGUCGCUGUCCUUCCGACAUGCCAAGCAAGCCCAAGUUCAUUCUCAAGUUUGCCAAGAUGGCUGGUAAAGGCACAGCAGAUGAAACGCGGCCGCUACUUCCUGAGCGUGCGAAUCGAGAGGGCGUCGCUGCCACAGGCGCUUGCAUCGAGCCGGCUGCUGCUCGGGCAUCCUGCGCAUCCCAGUCGACGCUGAGAGAAUCUGAAACGAGCCCGCCGCCAUCAUACAAGUCUAUCGUUACGGAGCCCGAGGCUCGGCCUCGCAGCAUCGCAGUCUCAGUUGCUCCCCCCAGCUAUGAGCCUCUUGAGCCCGAACGUCGACCGCGGACACCAGACCAGCCAUUCAGUGGUGGCCUUCACCGCCACGACGUCCAGCGCAUCCAAGACGAGAUUGAUGUCGUGAACGAGCUCAUGAUAACCGUUGUCGAUCGCACUGUCGAGCGAGGAGACAACCUCGACCAGCUCAAGAAGAGCACGGCCAGCUUGGCAAACACCAGCAAGAUGUUCAAGAGGCAGGCGCGUGCCGUCGAGACCGAGAGCUGGAUCCAGGCCACCAAGGCCAAAGCCAUGGAGAACCUCUCUCAGAGCGCUGCGAUAGGCGCUGCAAUAUUCCUUGGCGUGGUCUUGCUCUUAGUGCUGUUGAGCCGGAUGCUUCAAUAGAGAUGGAGUGUCUUUGAACCAGACGGAUGCAUCAAGCGAGA